CCCUCUCUCGUGUGCCUUCGUCGUCGUCGUCGUCGUCGUUGUCGUUGUCGUUGUCGUUAUCGUCGUCAUCGUGUGUAUGUGAGUUCCAUGCAUUUGCCAAAAAAGCUUAUGGCUUUUUGUCAAAACUGCGAAUCAAUUAUUCAGCAAUCCGGAAAAAGUAGUUUCUGCGCUGCCACACAAGCUUUGGCGCAACACAAACACAACGGAAAGUAAAAUACACACAUCGCAUAAGCACAACAGACAUGAAUGACCAAGCAGUAGCCAAACCGCAUUUCAAAUAGCUCUAGUCAGGCAUAUCGAACGGUUGGGAAGCGUUGAAGAAAAGUUGAAAAAAAUAUAUCAGUUUUAUUUUGGUUUGUUCAGUCGAAACCAAAACGACCGCUUACUCGAUCCUCCCGAGAGGCGAAAAAUAUAAUAAAACGAAACGAAAAAAUAUUAACACAAAAAAGAAACGAACAGAAUCGAAACAAACGUGAGUAGAAUCGAACGUGAAUUAUGGGCAUUAAGAAAGUGCAAUCGACGAAAGCCGUAAUUGCAACAAUCAUGCAGUUUUCGCAAUACAUUUUGGUUGUGCUCACCUUGUGCGAAGGGUUUUUAACGCAAACCAGUGCCAACGGUGUUACAUUGAAUUUGUACAGAAACAAAGAUGUCUUGGCAACGCGAACCAUUCCCGAUUUAACGGCAUUGAAAUUUGGUAACGGCGACCACAAAAGUGAAUACUUUACCAAAUUGCUUGCGGCAUGGGAUAAUCUGAAUUUUGACCGAACAUUCAUAUCGAGAGAUCUCGCAUUUACGGUGGUCGUUCCAUCGGUGGAUAUAUCAACAAUAAACAAAGAUCGUCUCAAGGAAUUCAUUUUCGAACACCUCAUUCCUGGCGAAGCGUUCACAACAUUCAACGAAGAAGAUUUGUAUGGAAACUCAAACAAUCACUUGAUAAAAUUCACACAUUUGAACAAAUACAACGAGAGCAUUUGGUCGUUGAAUGAUUUUAAAAUACUCCGAACAGCUGCGCUCAACAAACAAUGCUCUGUUAUUUACAUUGAUGGUGUUCUUGGUGACAAACGAACCUUGUUCUCGAAACGGAACAUUCAUGACAACAAUCGCUACAAUGAACCGCAAAAACUCGAAUGGAAAAAUGCCACCAAAGAAGAAGUCCUGCCAUCCAAAUAUGAACUCAAACAAAAUGCUCUCGUCACAUUUUUGAUGAACAUGAAAACUGGAACCAAAGUAUUCCAACAUUUUCUCAUGAAGACCAAUCUGUCGCACUUGGUUGAUGAAAAAGCCUACACAAUUUUGAUUCCGAUGGAUAGCGCAUUCCAAAGAUGGCAUCCAAUCGAUUGGGGCUUCUAUCCAUUCAGUGUGUCUGAAUUUACAGAGAACAUUUUGCGGAAUCAUUUUCUCCAAUUGAAAGCUCCGAUUCGAAUGCAAGACAUUAAGAAAGCCACUGAAAUAUCCAAAGUCAAAACGAUGGGCGGUGAAAAUGUGACAUUUAGAAACUUACCUCCAACGGUUAACAACGUAACAAUUACGGCCGAUUACACACUUCCAGACGGAUCGCAAGUGCUGUUGAUUUCCGAAGUUCUCUUUGUAUCCGAAGCGGUUGUAUCACGAUUACAUCAAAUGCACAAAGACAAAGAAACUCCGCCACUGUUGGCCUUCCCAUGGUUCGGAGCUCAGUUUUUGUCUCACUCAUUCUUGGCAUUGGAAAGAGAUCCACGUUUCACCUUUGUUACGAAAUUUUUAAACAAUGCUGAAAUCGCUCAGUAUGUACCUGGUGCAAACUAUACAUUCUUCGUUCCAAUUGACGAUGCAUUCAACAAGUACGGUUUGGGUCGAUUGACUGAGGAUGAUAUGUCAUCGGAAACAGCGAUUAAAUUCCUUUUGAAUCACUUUAUCAAAGGGCGACUCUAUGAUCGAAACUUGAAACACGAUGAAGUAUUCGAAUCGAUUGGCGGAACUGGCUUGAAAAUCCAACGACUUGCAGGUAAUGUGACUGUGAAUCAUGCUCACAUCGUGGAAUCAGAAGUAUUUGUGUACAACUUGGGCACCAUGUAUUACAUUGAUGACCUCCUCUACCCCGAGGUAUUUGAUAAAAUGGUAAAAGCAUCCGAUUUGCCAACAUCAACCGCCCUUCCAACCACAUUCAAGUUGACUACAAGCCCAGAUGCCGACAUCGAACCAGUUCCGGCCGUGACUCAAUCCGCUGAACAAGGCAAAGACAUUUUCGUGUUGAAUGAACGAGGUGGAAACAUUGACGAAAGUGACUUUGAUCACGAUAUCGAUGAUGCCGACGACGAGGAGGAAGAUGACGAUGAAAUCGUCACACCACGUGCACUUCCUGUGCAAUUUAUGAUUGAACCGCCAAAGAAAUAAGUCUGUAGAUUUGGUUUUUCAUACGCUCGUACGUGUUUAAGUGACUCAAACCCCAUAAUUGUUAAUUCACCGCAAUAACACAACAACAACAACAACAAGAAAGAAGAAAAAAAAACUUUAGCGACUAUCAUAUUAACAUUAGACAUUUGAAUAAAAAUUUUAUCAUUAGAAUUUAAAUUAUACAUCUAAACUAUGCUGUAUUUGACCUGCGAUGAAACUGAUAUCAUAUGUGUAACCAAUUGCUAUACUGUAUUUUUUAAAAGUGAAAAUAAAAUUAGUGAGAAAACAUGAAACAUUUUACAAUGAAAAAAAAAAUGGCUCGUUUAUUCUGCUAAA